AUGCAACAUAUCUUGCUUGAUAUUCCAAGUCUUGGUUUCUUGACAACCUAUGCUGUUCUGAUUCUCUUCUGGGCUGGAAUUUACCAUGACGCGCGUUCGUUACCCACUGAUGGACUAAAGUCAAGGUUCUUCACGAUUAAUGCAAUUGUAUAUGUAGUUCAGAUAUCUCUUUGGUUGGUUUUGUUGUGGAAGCCUGUUGGAUUUAUGGUUAUCAUAUCUAAGAUGUUCUUAGCAGGUGCUUCAUUGUUAGUCGCCCUUGGAUUUUUACUUUAUGGUGGAAGGCUUUUCCUAAUGUUGCAUCGGUUUCCAAUAGAAUCUAAAGGGCGUAGAAAAAAGAUGAAAGAGGUUGGUUUUGUGACAACCAUAUGCUUUACGUGUUUCCUCAUCCGAUGUAUCAUGAUGUGUGUUGCUGCUUUCUAUGAGGGAGCAAACCUUGAUGUGAUGGAUCAUCCUAUCCUUAAUCUCAUAUAUUACGUGGUAAGCUCUCUCUUAAACUAAUCAUAGAAUCUGUUCAUGAAUAGUCUGAUACAUAUCGAACCAAUCACUACAAGAAAACAGGCAAUUUACGACUACGAUUGGCGACUAAACUCGUAGUCGCCAAAUUUAGUGACUAUAUACCGACUGUUUAACUACUACUUUACAACUGCUAAAACUUAGUCGUAAAUUAGUCAUUAUUUACGGACUGAAAUGAAUAGUUGGUUCAGUAGUCGUUAAUUAGCGACUAUUUUACGACUGAAAGACAAGAAAGUAAUUUUGUCAGCAAACAGUAGCUAAAUUGGCGACUACAUGGUGACUACUGCGGCGAGUCGUUAAUUUGGCUACUAAAAUACGACUAAAUUAGUUAGUCGGAUAUUUGGCGACUACUAAGCGACUAUUGAGGUGAGUCGCAAACAUGUCGGCCAAAAAGAAACACGUUUUUUUCGUUUGUGGGGUUGGUAAGCUUUGUUUUGUUGCGACUGUUAGUUUGAGUCACAUCAGAGUCGUUUUACAGUCGUUUUUCAGUCGCCAAAUUUCUCUAUAUAUACCACACCUUCCUUUCUUAUUUCAUUCACACCACAAGCAAGAGCAUUAGCAAGAAAGAAAUCGAGAGUAACAAAAAAAAUUUUGAGAGUGAGAAAAAAAAUAGAGUGAGAAAAAAAAAACAAGAGUGA